GUUCCACUAAAAAUAAAAAAUAAGCAUUUUGCCUGCCGUAUAACAAGGUCAACAACUUUAUUUUAUCAAAAAGCGAAAAUUUCGGUGUAAUAUCCAUUUUAAAUAGUGCUCGGUGAUGUGAUUGUGUCCGCAGGAUGGUGAUUUUCAGGAAAAACUAACAGCAUAAGCACCAAUUUCCCCAAAAAAAAUAACCAUGAACUCAUAAUGUAAAUGGUAACCGCCACCUAAUUCCAUCUACAACUGUCCAAAAUGGAAUGCUACAACCCUGUACCGCCAAUGCCAGAUACUGGUGGCACCAGUACAGGUAGUUCAGCUUUAAGUUCGCCCUGUUCCAACAACAUUGUCAAAACGAACCUGCGAUCCCAAGAGCUGGACCUCAGGGAUUGUCUGUUGAACGGUGCAAUGAACAAUUUCGAUUAUCUUCCCAACAAUAAUGUGUGCGACAAUGAAAACGCCCCAAUGGACCCUGAAGCGUCUUGUGAAAGUGAAGAGUGUGUUAGUGGAGAUAGGACUCAUAAUUUAAAAGAGCUUGAUAGUUCUUUGAGUCAAUCUGAAGACACUAAUAAUAGUAGUGCAACGGAAUCGAGUCAAGAGCCACAAACAACUUCAGAAAGGAUUGAUACAGAAGAGGAGGUAGAUAAUUUAUCACAAAGUGAUGAUGUUUAUGUACCAGAAGUGCAUAACAAUGGCAAUUUGAAUUUGAAGAAGACCAGAAAAAAAAAGAUUUCUAGUGGGCCUGGACGGGGCAGACCUGCAAAAGCUUUGGUCACUAUGUAUCAUAGCCAAAUCAGUGGUGAUAAAAACGCCAUCAAAAUCAGAAUUAAGAAGAGCAAUAUGGGUCAUAUACAGCCUCUUGCACCAAACAAAAAGAAAGCUGGUCGACGGAAAAAGCAUAAAGCCUAUGACACUGACAAUUCAGAUUAUGAAAAGAAACCCAAAAGGAGCCGUACCAGUGCCACAACAGAUAACGAUGUUACCAGUACGCAAAACGAUGAACCUUUAGAGCAAAGCGUGUGGGGGAAUGCUUCUAAAAUACCCGAAAAAGUUUUGGUGAAGAUUUUUGAUGGGACAGUUGCUCACGAUGGCGCUUUACCAACUUUGGUCAGGCUGUGUAAAGUUUGUAAAUUGUGGCGAGACAUUUCAGUAAAGCCAUCGCUGUGGAAAAAGGCCGAUUUGAAUUAUGUCAAGGAAAAAAACAGGACUGAUCUUCGGUUGCACUGGUUAAUUUUGAAUAGGCUUACUGAAUGUGAAGACAUCAGUAUGGGUGAAUGGAAAGUUAGAGACAUUCAAGCAGUCCUAGAAGCAAUCUGUGAACAUUGUACCAAACUGCGUGGUCUAAAUUUAAGUGGCUGGAAGGGCUUAAACGCUGACAAUCUUAAAUAUCUGACCACAGAAGCUAAGAGUUUGGAGAGGCUGGACCUUUCUUCAAUAAAUUCUACGUCAGCUUUAAAUGCCCAACCCUUGGUGACCCUAAGUCAAACGAUGAACACCCGGUUGACCCACUUGGUGCUGGCUCACAAUAAAAUUGCCGGGUUUAUGCAGAUUAUUUCUGCAUUAGCUGCUCAUUGUCCCAACCUUCAGCUGUUGGACAUAUCAAAUAUUAAAACUUUUGCGCACAAUACGGCCUUAUUACACGUGGAAAAACUGCAAACGGGUUGUCCAAAAAUGAGAGUUUUACGGAUAACCAAUAGUCAAAUUUGGUUGGCACCUGUUGCACUUUCAGAACAAGUUGCUUCUCCUGGCUUUCCAAAUCUUGAAGAGUUAUCUUUAGCUGGCUUGGAAGAAGACCAAACAACAACUUCAAGGUCUAUGGACGAUGAAGGCAUCGAAAGACUCCUAAAAACAAGUACAAAAUUGCGCCUUUUGGACGUCAGAGGGUGCAGCAAACUAACCGACUCUGGCCUGGUCAGAGGCGUACCCGCUUGGGAUUUAGAACACUUGUUCUUAAGUGCCUGUUACAUUACAAGAUUACAAAAUUCCGGGCUGGAAAUGAUUAUCCAGAAAUGGAGCCACAGCUUAUUGGAAGUUGAUUUGGCUUGGUCCACGGCUACAACUUCAUUGGAUGCUGCUGUUAUGGCUUUGGCAGAAAAAGGACCAGAAUCGAAAUUGAGGAACCUCAAUCUUUGCGGUUCAUCAGUGUCUCUGGAACCAAUUAAAGCAGUGCUCACCAAGUGCCCAAAUUUGCACUCAAUUAAUUUGCAAUCGUGUAGAGCCUUGCCUCGAGGUAUAAAACGACUUUAUACGGGAUCGGCUGUUGACGAGUUGAGGAAAAGUUUGAGUGACAAAAAGACUGAAGGUAAUGAGGCAGAAGAGUCGAAAUCUAAUGCCACAUCGCCAAAAGAUGAUUAAAUGGCGAUGAAUGAUUUUUAAGUUGCCAUGCAGUGUAAGAAAAGUCCCAAAAAUAGGGGCAAUUGUGAGAAAAUAUAAACUACCAAGAAAGGCAUAGCAGAAUGUUUCUUGAUUUGUUGUAGAAGCUUGUAGAGAAUAUACAGAAAUGUUUCUGGAUUAAUUUGAGACCUAUCAAACGUUAAAUCUUCCAGUUGUGCUUAUUUUUGGGACCCACCACUGCAGUCCAACAUAUUGCAAAGGCAGCUAAAAUCAAAUUUUAGUUUGUUUUUUUUUUUAUUGUACAAAAACGUGUCACAAAAUUUAUUAUUAUUAUUAUUAUUAUUAUUGAAAGAGUUUUAAGUCAAAUUUUGUUAUAUUAUGUAAUUUUUUUUUGUACAUAACUCAUAAUAAUUAUUAUAAAAAAGAAAUUAUUAUUCUAGAGUAAUAAAUAAGGGUUUAAUAAAGUGAAAAUACACUGCCUGAAGGAAUCAAUUUGCAAAAUAAACAGUGUAUUUUGUGAAUAUAAAUAAUUUAUAAUAAGAUUUGUAGGAGUGAAAGUGAAUAGGUUUUUUUUUUUGGCAUUUCUUUUAGAAUUUUUAAAUACUUAUUAUUGUUAUGUCCAUAUUGAUAAUUUUAUGCAAAAAAACAAAAUUAAAGCUGUUUGACACAAUAUAAAUUUUUAUAAUUUUGACCAUAAAAAUGAAGACAAAAAUUUGCUCAGUACUAAAUUCCUCAAUUCCUCUUUGACUCUUCAUUUUUAUGAAACUACCGCUUCCAAACUUCAAUCAAAAGAUAUCAAAAAAAAAUAUAUGGACAAUCUUUUCAGCUUAAAAUUGUGAGGAAGUCUUUUGUAUAAAUUGUCAAACAAAAAGCAUUUUGUAUAUAAUAACUAGAUUGUUACUGUUUAGUAAAUGUUUAGCAAGAGAAAAAGUUUCUUUAUAUAAUUAUUAGUCUUUUGAGGGUGUUUUACAAAAAAAUUAUGUUAUACAAAGUUGGGUUUUUAUAAAAUAUCCUCCUAAGAAGGACGAAAUAUUCUUUUUUUUUAUGUUGUAUAGUUAUUAAGGAACUCGUUGAUUGAUUAAUUUUAUAUAAAUUCAAUUUUGUGCACUUAAGGAGAAUUAUAUCUGUACUAAUAUUAUUGUAUAUUUAUAUAUAAAUAUAUGAUUUAGAUUAUUAAUAUCGAGA